CUGCCUUAUGCAGCAAUCAAGCUAAUUAGAAUCAGCCGCUCCUAAUUUGACUAACAGGCAGCGUCGGUGCGUUUACGGCCACUCUGGACAGCUGAAGCUCAUCCCGGCUCCCUGCUGCUGCUGCUCCUGGUCCACUGAUCGAGUGCUCCCCGCCCCACAGCCUGUAUCUGAUCGUCAUACAGAGGUUUCCCCCCCUGCUGCUGCUGCGUAACAUCUCUCCAAGUCCAGCCGUGGUGCUCACCAAGACCUCACCGCUUGGAGCUCAUCUUCCUACACGGAAUACGCACUGAGCGAGCCGCCGAGGCGACAUUUAAAGACGCCGAGAUUUUUGGCUCCUCGGGUUCAGUCCAGACCGAAGCGAGGCUGGGAUUUCCUCUUAUCGUUUCAUAUUUGACAGAUCUUUGUGUGUGCGCGCGUGUGUGUGUCUGUGUGUGUUGGGUGGAGUCAACCCGGAAUUCUCCCAAAUUGGAAAACCACUGGCACAUUUCAGGAGCACCAUGAAGGACGGCAUCGCCAACAACAGCACGGCCAGCAUCUCCCAAGCCAGGAAAGCUGUGGAGCAACUGAAGAUGGAGGCCUGCAUGGAUAGGAUAAAGGUAUCCAAAGCCGCCGCAGACCUGAUGGCAUACUGCGAGGCGCACAUACGCGAGGACCCCCUCAUCGUGCCCGUGCCCGCCUCCGAGAACCCCUUCCGGGAGAAGAAGUUCUUCUGCACCAUCCUCUGAUGAGCUGCUGGUAGAGCUGUGCAGGCAUGGCGUUGCCUGGCUUCUCUGUCUUCACCACACCUGAAGCUACUGGCCAUAGGCAUUGAGCUGAGUUUUGCCAAAGCGGGGACACUCUGUUGUUGGUCAGCUCUGCCCCUGGUGGCUGAAGGUUUUGGGGGAGUCAGCUACCAAACUGGCAACCCAGUGGGCGUAUAAUGUCUUGUUAAAUAGGUUUGUUAUUGCUUUGUUAUUAGAGAAACAGCCUUGCUUAGUGCUCAAAGAGAUGAGAGAUGUUUUGGUUUUUUCUUUUUCUGUGCUAGAUUUGAACUUGCCUCAGGAAACAACUUUGCCCAGUGUUUGACUUUUUUUUAAAAAACAUUUAUUUCCCCUUCUUUCUGAAUAAAAAUGUGUAGGUCUUUGUAUAAACUCAAUCAUGACUUGUGUUAGUGUUUUUUUUUUUCCGUUUUUUUUAAAAUGGCUCUCAAUGCACAGAUGUAACUAUUAGUAGCAACACUUAAAGCACCACUAAAAAUUCGACGACUUCCCUCAGCAGUGGUUUCAGUUUCAGCAUCGACAAUUAACCCACUCGCUUUAGCACAAUCUGAUUCAGAUUAAAGCCCAGAAACGGAAACCGUAUCUCACAGUGAAUAAUUUCCGCUGCACUCUCAGUAAGAAUGAGGCGGCCGCACGUCGCGUUCUGCUGCAAAGAAAUGAGUGGACUGUUUUUUGAAAGGUGCAGAGCUAAUGUUUCAACAGCCAGAUGAGUUCUUCGGGGUUAUCACUGUGCAAACAAGCCCUUAAGUCAAGAAUUAUUUAUGAAUCUGCCACCUUCUGCCCACUCUAAUGCAUUCUAACUUUGCUUCUCGGUUUGAUUUGCUCUUUUCUUUCGAAUCUGAAAAAGCAUCAGUUAAUCCUGCAGCUCUCUGCAGGAAUAGAUAUAAAAUAUCAUUAUUAUUUUAUUUUUUUGCAGGACAUCUUGUUCCCUUCAGCAGUCUCUCUUAAUUUCUGGGCAUGUUUCCUGAGCCUGAUUCUUUUCCUUCUUUUCUUCUUCCUUUUUGCCUGUCCUAGAGUGAAUGGCGAGGCCUUUGACAUUAAUACCAAACUGGAGGCCUGCAUGUUUCUCUGCUCCUUUUUGACAGCCUCCUCUGUUUCCGAGGGACCGUCAGUCUCUUCGAGUGUACAGUAUGUUACGGUGCCAACUUCUGUGGGAGCGGUGUGAUCUUCACACUGUGCUUCCCGGAGCCUUUUCUUUUUCUGUUCUGGGUUUUUUCUCUUUUGGAAGAAAAAAAGCACACUGUCGAAACAUUUCCUUUACAUGGUAGUUGAAUAGCAUUUGCUGAUUUUUAUGAUGACUUGUUCUGAUCGUUAUUAAUAUUGUUAUCAGUAGUAUUAACGAAUAUCUGUUGCACAGCACUGACAGCUACAUGACGUGCAGUGCUCCUAAGCCUGUAUGAUACGUAGAGAAAAAGAACGUUUAUAAAUCAUGCAAUUAUUGAUACUAUCGUGAGUAUUUUUUAAAAACAGCGCUGAGGGUCGUUUACAUAAUGGGGUCCCUUUUUUCUUUUCUUUUUAUUUGGAGGUUCAGGCUUUUUGCAUCAAGGUUUCUAUCAUCGAAGGGGAGGGUGAGUGGGGACUUCCUUUUUGGUACUUGAAUAGCCAUUGCAUUAGGAAUCAGUCUCUGAUACUGGACCGUAACAAACGCAGACUCAAUUGUCUUCAGGAUAAUUAUCGACUUUAUUUCCUAUCUGAAAACCUGAGCUGACCUCAGGACACUCUCGCUGACCUCAUCUCAAGGAUGGUGCCAAAAUCUGAAAAGAAAUACGACGGCUAGAGAUGAAUAUUGCAUGGAUUUAUUUCUAUUUAUAACAGAACUAUUAUGAUAUGAAAAAUUGCCUGUUCAUUGACUUUUCUGGGUGCUACUCUGCACAUAAUAAUCUCCCUGGAGUCCGGAUAUGUCAACAACGUGCAGCUGUAUUCAUGAAUGGUAUUAUUGUUUUGGGGGGGGAAUAAAUAGCAUUUACAUAGCAGACUUUGUAAAAAUCCUUUGACGGAUCAAAUGAAUUAAAAGAAAACGGCAACCCA